CUUAACACCAGCAAUAGACACGUUUAGGGUGCAUGUGGGGUUAGUUCGGGGGCCAAAAUGUAUCAAUAUGUCGUCAUUGUUAACGUCACGGGUUCUAAACUGAGACUGUUACGUCAUCAGGGUAAUUCCGCGACAGGUAAAUCCCAGAGCACACACGCAUGUAACGUUACUUCCUUAGGUUCCCGACAGCAUGCAGGCAUUAUAUUGCCACCUAGCGGCUUUGUUAGUUACUGUAGGGGAACUUCCCCUAUUAAAAGAUAUGUACGAUUUUACCUUUACACAUGAAAAGAAGAUUACCAGCAUAGGAAAAAUUAAAGGUUGUCUCUUACGUUAUAGAAUGGCUUCAGGAGAGGGUGACACCAGGCUAGGGAAUAGCCAGGAAUCACGGGAAGGCUCUGACAGUUCAACGACGGACAUGGGCAUGGCAGAACAGCUACAGGAGGGCUGCAGGGCCCUGCAGACAGGGGACCUGGACACGGCAGAACAACGCUUUGCUGCUGCACUCAAGUCUGUCCAUGUCAAAGAUUCAAACUCAGAUCAACACUGCAAAGAGGCAGAGCCCUUGUUCAAGUUGGGUGAAGUCUACCUGAAGAAAGGAAUGCAGUCAAGAGAUGGAGGAGAUUUCACCAAGGCUGCAGCUCUCUGUAAUGCAGCACUGGUCAGAGCAAGGGCAGACGAUAGAGACGAUGGCAUUAAACAAAUAAUCCUAGAAAUAACCAGGUCGUUUAUUAAGCACGUGCUGAAUCAAGAACAAACUAUGGACAUCGGAGACGCAGAGAAACACAAAUUGUUGCUGAAAGAAGACCGAGACUUCGUAGAAAGAGAGAUGAAAAGAAUUGAACAACAGGUAGACCCUUACAGCCUUGAUGAUGACGACCCGAAGAUAAGAGAAGUGGAGAAGAAGAGAGCGGAAGAAAUCAGAGCCUUGUUUGAGACAAUUGUUGACAAGCGAAGAGCGUUCAUUUCCAGCCUUGUAGAUGAAUGUAUGGAGGUAAUGGGUCCCCCUCCCUGUAAGUACGCCAUGAUAGGUUUGGGUUCACAAGCCACAGGAUUGGUAACUCCGUACUCUGAUCUGGAAUUCGCCAUUUUGGUAGAAGAGGAAACAUACGAUAAUGUCAGCUAUUUCCGUAAUCUUACUCAUUACUUGCAUCUCAAAGUCAUCAACCUGGGAGAAACCAUUCUUCCGGCCAUGGCGAUCAAAUCGCUCAAUGACUUCUCCUCAGACGACCAGCUGGACAACUGGUUCUACGACUCUGUCACACCGCGCGGGUUUGCGUUAGAUGGAGCCAUGCCGCAUGCCUGCAAGACUCCACUGGGCAGGGAUACAACAGCUGAACUUAUUCGAUCCCCAUGCAGCAUGGCUAAAGUUCUUAGAGAUGAUGUCACGCAACAUCUUAAGAAAGGCUACCACCUGGCGGCCAUCUUAGGGAACGUUUGCUUGGUUACUGGACAACAGAACUUAGUUGAUGAAUAUUUGUCUCUUUGUGGUCAGCAACUUCAGAAAGAGGAGGGAAAAGUUCUACUCCGUAUGACGGAGGCAAUGUUGAGUGAGAAUACUCAAACCUUCAUAAACCUGGCUCCGGUAGCCAGGCUUUUGGAUGUGAAGAAAGAAAUGUACCGGUUCUCAAGCCUUGUCGUCUCUUGCUGGGCGUUACUGCGCAACAUACAGCCGACGUCAAUCUGGGAGACCAUAGAGAAGAUGCACAAGAACGGAGUCAUCAGCAGUGAGAACGCGCAUCACCUGAUGGUGCUGGUCAGCAUCUCAGCAGAACUGAGGCUGCGGACAUACAUGAACAACCGUGGGCAGGUGGAGAACAUGUCAGCCUUAUCGUCUAUGUCGACAGACACGGAUAUCGGGGAAAACCUGCAGAAAGUCUUCUUCUUCUCAAAUGCAAAGCAGCUCCUGAGGUACUACAACACAGCAGGGCCAUUAAGGGACUUUAUGUCAAAUCAAUUUUUCAAUUCAAUUUUUUCAACACAAUUAAAAGAGAGGCAGGUACAGAAUGAGCCAUCAGUUCUCUUUGACAAUUCUCCGAAACUAAAGGCAGCAGUAUACGAAAGUCUGUGUGAUUACAAAUCAUCAAGGACGUACAGGGAAGAGGCACUACAGAAAGAUAUAGCAACACAUGGCGAAAACACUCCACAUCUUGACAUUGCCCGCUCACUAAAUGAUCUGGGUACCGCCUGUCAAAAUCUUGGUGACAAUAGAAAAGCAGUUAGCUAUCAUGAACAGUCACUUAAGAUGAGACAGACUAUAUAUGGGGAGAAUAAGGCACAUCCUGACAUUGCCGCAUCGCUCAACAACUUAGCCAACACGUGGAGUGACCUCGGUGAUCACAGAAAGGCCGCAUGUUAUCACGAACAAUCACUGAAUAUGAAGCGAACUAUCUACGGUGAAGACACUGCACAUCCUGGCAUUUACACAUCCCUCAACAACUUAGGGAAUGAGUUGAGGGACCUUGGAGAUUAUAGAAAUGCUGUCAGCUAUUAUGAACAGUCCAUGCAGAUGAUGCAGACUAUCCAUGGGAAGGGCACUGCACAUCCCGACAUUGCCCAGUUACUUAGCAACUUGGGUGUCAGCUGGGCCAGUUUGGGCGACUACAGAACGGCCGUCAGCUACUUUGAACAGUCAUUGCAGAUGAAGCGAAAUAUCUAUGGUGAAAGUGCUGCACACCCUGACACUGCCCUAACGCUUAACAACAUGGGGAAUGCAUGGAAGGAACUUCGUGAUUUCACAAAGGCCGUUAAAUAUUAUGAGCGAUCGCUUCAGAUGAGGCAACGUGUCUAUGGUGAGAACACUCCACAUCCUGACGUUACGCAAUCACUUACGAACCUGGGUGCUGCCUGGAGCGACCUUGGUGAUCACAAGAAGGCCGUCAAAUAUCACGAACAGGCACUACAGAUGAUGCAAAGUAUAUACGGAGAAAGCACUGCGCACUCUUAUAUCGCCGCGGCGUUGGACAACCUGGGUUUAGCUUGGGGCAAACUUGAUGAUCCGAGAAAGGCCGUCAGCUAUCAUGAGCAGUCUCUACAAAUGCGGAGGACUAUCCAUGAUGACAAGGCUCAUGAUGACAUUUCAACGUCCCUCAACAACUUGGGUAACGCUUGGAUGAAAUCAGAUAAGAGAAAAGCAAUCGAACUCUACGAACAGUCACUACAGAUGGCGCGGAGCAUCUAUGGCGGGAGCACUGCACAUCCUGCCACAGCGAUUGUACUGGACAACUUAGGGGACGCUUGGAGUGCUCUUGGUGAUCACGAGAAGGCCGUCAGCUAUUAUGAGGAGUCGCUGAAGAUGAAGCGGAGCAUCUAUGGGGAGGACACUACACAUCCUAGUAUUGCUAGAUCACUUAAAAGCUUGGCUAUCGCCUUGAUGGAACUUGGAGAUUUAGAAAGAGGCCUAAGCUAUAUCGUUCAGGCAUUAGAGAUGUAAUGUAGUUACCAACUUUAAACUUUGGAUAUACAGGCUUUUCAAUUGACGUCAUCUGCGCCAUGUUGGAUUACAGCGUACGUCUGUAAACCACUUAAGCAACUUCCGUAAAUGAUUUCAUCAGGUUGGUAAUUAUUACCCACAUAGUAAUGUUCUUUUAACCACAACCAGGGAGUACUUACUUCCAACGUUUCGAUGUCUGCCAGACACCAUUAUCAGGGUUAGAAUGGCUGGAUCUGCUUCUCGCUGCUAUUUAUAGCCAAUGAGAGGGGAUACCAACCGAUUCACGUUUGGGACGGUAUUCUCGCUGCUGCAGCGCCACCUACAUCGGCUAUAAGUAGCAGCGAGAAGCAGAUCCAGCCAUUCUAACCCUGAUGGUGUCUGACAGACAUCGAAACGUUGAAGUGAGUACUACCUUACGGCGAUGAAGGUUAGUAUCAAGGUAGUGAGUACUAACUUGUUGGUUGUUUAAAAGAACCUUACUAUAUGAAUAAUCAACUUCGUCAUACAACAUUAGAGAGUGAGAGCACAGCUCCCUUGUUCCUCUGUGUUCUACAAAAGACAACAAUUUCGUGGUUUCAAAAGAACAAGUAGUUUAAUACAUGUAUGUACAACUUUCUUUCUUCACAUAACCCGACCGUUGGGCUGGGCAUUGGGAAAUACAGUGUGGUACAACUCCUUCCUUCCUACCGAUCCAACAUGUACAAAUACACAACUUCAGUGGCAUGUGUCGUCCCUUUUCUGAAUUUUCCUACAAUCUUUAAGGAUCAGAAGGAUUGCUAAGAAAGUCGUUUGUAGAAUCUUUCUUUACAAAGUUUCUCAAACGUUGCGACCAAUAUACAGACCUGCAUUGUGAUUUCGAAGUGCGCCCCCUACCGUUUAUACAUGUGGUGCAGCUGUGUUCUUGCUACCAGAACUAUUUACUGCUGAAAUGUCAUUGGCAGAUUUCAAAGUAUUCUGGCAGCCAAUCAGAUGCAAGAGAUAUGGAGAUGAAUGAACCAAUCACUUGUGUUUUGCAUGGGAAAGUAACAAGUUCUGUGAUUGGUCAGUUGUUGUCAGGAAGGUGAUCUACUGUCACAACUAGCCAAUCACAGCCUUUUUACUAUCAGUAAUGUGGCAUUUACCUGAUGGGAUGCUGCAUAUAACCUUUUUCUUGCUGACUAAACAUAUAUUUGUUGUCCUAGCAACCACAUUUCACGAAUAUACAUUUUUUUGUCUUCAAGUUCUGGUCCAAAGAAAAUGACUGCCAAGAAAAUGUCGCCAGCUUUCCGAACAGUUUUUACAACUUUAAUUCUGAUCUCUGCACAAAUCAAAUUGUUCUUGAAAAACAUUUCUGCCCCACCCCUCCAAUAUCUAGAUGGUACAUUCUGUGAUGCUGUGGCUGAUGGCAAAAGACAAGGCUAAGGAAUACUCCAUUUAAGCUGUAGGGGUUGAAAAGACGUUUCUGUUAACAAAAUUGAAUCUCACAAGAAUUACUGUGCUAUGUCUUGUACUGAUGGAGGGUAUUGUCCAGUAUUUCAAACAGAUGCCAUUUUGGAGCAAGACUACUACAUGUAUUUUGUGGGCUGGACUGAUCUCUAGAGUGACCUAAACUAUACUUGCAUUUCAUACAUAAAAUUUUUGGUCAGCUCAUUUGUGAAAUCAGCUGACGAAUCAGGACAGCACUGAAGAUGUACAACUUUGCCCUUAUCAGGUCAAAGGUUAAAUGGUACAAAAAUGAGGCACAUUCGCCCCAACAUACUGACAAUGACCUUUAACCCUUAACCCCUAGUAAGCACGUGUGCCCUUGCACAAGUUCGCUGCUCUCUAACUCCUGUAUGUUGCGACCCAACACGCCUGCGUACCAGGCUAUCCACAAGGCCUGCUACCAGCCUAACAAACUGUACAUCAAUUGUACAAUUUCAGCUUUGUUCCAACACAAGGAAAACACCAUCAAUUGAUCUCUCCAAUCUUCAUCAGACGUCUGAUUCACUGUACUAACUUUACCGCAACUAUAACUGUGAAGGAGGUAGUCUUCAUCAGAGCCCACCAACCUUCUCUGAACCGUGAUGAUUCUGUCUUCCCACCCCCUUUGAUUCACUGCUGACAUCAUCACCCUUCGGGUUUCUAGAAAGUCAGCACAGAGACUCAAACAUCUGAUGAAGGUCGGCGAGAUUGACGGAAAAUUUAUCGUGAUCAUCUCCUCUGUGUUCGAACAAAGCUCAAAUUGUACAACUAUGGAUUCUACAGACACGGAUAUCUGAGUCUUUAACCGUGAGAACUGUACAUCAAUUGUGGAUCUUGAUGGCUUUCUCUGUGUACAUGUACGGCCGCGAUCUC